AUGGAUGAAGAUAAACCAUUACAUAUGGUGAUACACUCACCGAGGAGAGGAAGUACCAAUAAUGAUGGUGAUGAUCCACCUUCCGAAGAAGUUGUAGUGGAAAUUUCAUUAGUAACAAAAGAUUCGAGUUAUAAGAAGAUGAAUUCACAAAAGUUUGGAUUUUUAAAACAAGUAUUGGGACCUUCGUUUUUAAAUAAGGGAUUCUUCAAUGUGGUCAUUCUUGGAUUUUCCUUCUUUUUGUUAUUUGCAGCCUUUGGUACAACACAAUCAUUUGUUACUACUGUGAGAAAGUCGGAGGGAUUUGUGUCACUCUCGAUAUUGUAUGCAGUAUUUGCAUUUUCCAAUUUCUUUGCUCCUUCCUUUUGUCAAUUAUUGACUCCAAAGUAUGCAUGCAUUAUAGGAGCUUUGUGUUAUUGUUUGUUUGUGUUUGCUGCUGGAUUUGAGUCGACAGUCUUGUUCUAUUCGGCAUCAGUUGUGAAUGGAUUUGGUGCAGCUAUGGUAUGGUGUGCUCAAGGAACAAUGAUUACACAAAGUGCAGUUGUUGCACAGAAUAAGGUGAAGAAAUCUCAAUCGAAUGAUGAAAGUGGAAAAAAGAGUGUGGAAGUUAUGGGCUUGUUUUCUGGAGUUUUCUUUGCAAUUUUUCAAUUGAAUUCAAUUUUUGGAAAUUCUCUUGCUGGAGCUUUGUUUGGAGCUGGAAUGUCUAAUUUUCAACUGUUUCUCAUCUUGUCAAUUAUUGCUGUUGUGGGUGUUGGUUUAAUGCUUGCUAUUAGACCAAUAUCGAAGAGCGAAGUUGAGGAUAUAGAUGAAGAAAAAGCACCAACAGAUGAACCAACUUAUGGAGCUAUUGGUGGAUCUUACUUUAACAAGAUUAUUCACAAAAUUAAGGUAUAUUUCACUGAGGAAUUAUCUGGCCAGGCAAAGCAAUUUGUAGCUCUAUUGAAAGAAUCCAUUCUGGUGUUGGUUUCUCCUAAAAUGUUGGUCUUUAGUGUCAUUUCAUUCCACAGUGGAUUUGGAUCUUCAUACUUUACUGGCAGUUUACCACCUAUUGUUGGUAAAACAAUGUUGGGAUGGGUCAUGAUAAUGUUUGGUAUUACUCAAGUGUCUGGUGCUUUAAUUUCUGGUAAAAUGCUUGACAAGAUUGGAAAACGAGUGACCAUGAUCUUUACUCUGGUUAUUUAUUGUAUUGCAAUUGCCCUUAGUUCUCAAAUGGUCUAUUGGGGAAAGGAAUUGAAGGAUAACAAAUUGGAUGAAAGCUUUAAUGCACCAAUUUAUUUGUUAUUCUUUGUGAAUAUGGCCUUAUUUGGACUUUCAGAUAGUUUCCUCACAAACACAAUUUAUGGAAUAUUGGGAAGUAAGAAUUACUACAAGAAGAAGAAUACUGCUGAGGCCUUUGCAGCAUUCAAGAUGACUCAAUCUCUAUCAUCAGCUGUUGGAUUUUUCUGUGGAAUUUAUCUCACUGUAAAUACGAUUCAAAUUAUUAUUGCUUGCUCCUAUGUUGCUUGCUUGAUUGCCUUUUUUAUUUUGGAAAAAUUUGUUGCACCAGUUGAUUGUGAAAAGAAGAAAAAACCAACUGCUCUAUUGAUUUAG